CGUUAGAAAUCGCGUACACGCCCCUUCCAAACUGCGUAUCCCACAAUUCUUUGCAAACCUUUGACCUAUGAGUACCGACGUAAGGAAAAUGGCGGAGGUGAUGAAUGUUGGUGUGAAUUUAGAAGCUUUUUCUCAAGCAAUAAGUGCGAUUCAGGCCCUUCGUUCUAGUGUAACUCGAGUGUUCGAUUCGUUGAAAGAUGGGAUGAAAAAUAAAGAGACUCUUGAAGGGCGAGAAAAAGUGUUUACCACUGAAUUUCAAGAUAACCUGCAGUCGGUGAACCGAGACCUUAAUGAGUUGGAACGUCUCAGCAACCUGGUUGGUAGACCUUCAGAAAGCCAUCCCCUUCACAACAGUGGUCUGCUGAGUUUAGACCCAGUUCAGGAUAAGACCCCUCUCUAUAGCCAGCUACUACAGGCAUACAAGUGGUCCAAUAAGUUGCAGUACCAUGCUGGUCUGGCAUCUAGCCUGCUAAACCAGCAGUCCCUCAAGCGUUCUGCUAAUCAAAUGGGAGCAUCUGCCAAGAGGCGGCCUAAAGUCCAACCAAGUGCCCUUGCCCUGCCUCCACAGUAUGUGGAUGAUGUUAUAUCAAGGAUUGGCAGAAUGUUUCCUGAUAUGACUAUUGAACUCUCCAGACCUAAUGGGACGUCGGCAGUGCUUCUGGUGACUCUAGGUAAAGUGCUGAAAGCCAUUCUGGUGAUGCGAAGUUUGUUUAUAGAUCGGACCAUUGUGAGGGCAUUCAAUGAGAAUGUGUACUCUGAGGAUGGCAAGUUGGACAUCUGGUCAAAGUCUAGCUAUCAAGUCUUUCAGAAGGUUACAGACCAUGCCACUACUGCUCUGCUGCACUACCAGCUUCCCCAAAUGCCCGAUGUGGUGGUUCGUUCCUUCAUGACCUGGCUAAGGAGCUACAUCAAGCUUUUCCAGACACCAUGUCAGCGCUGUGGAAGAUUCUUGCAGGAUGGAUUACCACCGACUUGGAGGGACUUCCGCACUCUGGAGGCUUCCCACGAAACAUGCAGACAAUGAGGGCCUCUGGGCUCAUGUAGAAUAAUGUGGAGUAUACUUCUCCAUGUUUGUAUGGUCAUAUACUAUCAGUCAGCCAGAAUGUACCAGUUUAAUGGUCAAGGACUCUAUUGUAAUGAAGUGAUAUAUGUUAAAUGAUGGACUGUGUAAACAGAAUUGAUUUGAAUGAUUGUAAUGAGUGGCUAGUGAUUUCUUCAGUCAAGCAAGUCCCAUGUGGUUUAAUCUUGAUUAAUUCAAGAUUUUUUAAACUGCUCAGUUCUGGUCUAGUGCUGCAGCUAGGUUAGUAUUUUGUUUAUUCCUGUUUGUUUGUUCCUGUAUUUAAACUGCUUUGACUUGAUCCAUAAGUGUAAUUUAAAAUUUACAAAAAAUGGUUAAAGAAAGUUUGUUAAAGUCCUUAAAUGAUCCAGGAAUGAUCCGCAAUCUGAACGACAGUAGUAGGGAAGUUUGCUGUAGAAAACAUUAGUGUAAAAAUUUGUAUCUUGUAUUUGUUGUCAUUUUUACUGUAAAUUCUCGUUGAAAGUCAUUAUAAAAUAGUUUCAUACUUGCUUACACAGAACUUUGUAUGUCACAUCUCAAGCCUUCACCAGGUUCAUAUGACAUGUAUACAAUGACACCUGUAGCCGUCUGAGCACAUGCAGUCCUCUCCCCUCAGAUCAGGAGCCAGCAUAAUGAGACAAUGUGCCUGGGGGAUUCCCAAAUGCAGGGUUUAACGGGCGGGGCAGAGCUGUGGCUGUGGCUGAAUCAGCAAGGUUUGGUAGUUUGAGAUGGCGUAUGGCGUGUCCUUUUCCCAAGAGAAGGUCAACAAUAGACAUGCAUUUUUUUUUUUGCGGAGCUUUAUACCGGGAGAAGGUGAUUGAAUUUAGGCUUUCUGUCAUUCCUCCAUGAAUAUCUUUGUAAAUGUUUGUGAAUCUUUCUUCUUCCAGUGAUUAAUUUGAACACCUGCCUUCAGCCUCACAUUUGCAUUCAUUGUUAGUUUUAUGGAUUGCCCUCUCUUUUUUUCCCUUCUAGUAGCUUAAGUAGUACAGAACUGCCGAACAGAUUGACUGCCAAUGAAUUGAAAGGAAAAUACGCUCCACAGUCUACAUAACCACAUGGGAAGCUAACUUUGUGGACAUGUCUGAGAUCUACAGUGCUCUACAUUGUCUGUAAAUAAGGUGCAUUUUGAAUCACAUAUAUAUACACACACAAACACACACCACAUUAGCAUUGUCAUACACUAGAUAGAGCUGUGUGAAAAGACCCCAAUUAAAACUGUGUGGUCACUGCAAAGUUAAUUAGAUCAGCUAGUGAAUCAAAACAGGGAUUUUCUAUCCAAUACGCAAGUUUAACUUUAAAAAUACUGAAGGAGGGCUGUGGGAAAGGUGCCAUUUAAAUCAUGCGACGCAACCACCAUAUUCAUUGAGCUUGGCUUGGCUGGACAGCCAGUCAUGCAAUAUUGUAAAACAUAAAUUAUGCAUAUGGGUGUGUUGUACCAAAUAUAAAUGUUAUACAUUAAGCACAAAUUAAAAAAUAAAACUUUUGCUAGGUGUUUUAA